GAGGCUUGAGUCUAAGGCAUAGAGUGUAUCAUGUUGAAGAUGAGCGGGUGGCAGCGACAGAGCCAAAAUCAGAGCCGGAACCUGAGGAGAGAGUGUUCCAGAAGGAAGUGUAUCUUCAUACAUCACCACACCUGAAAGCAGAGCCUGAUCCAGCCACAGAGAUGGCAGCUGAGUCACUGCCUUUCUCCUUCGGGACACUGUCCAGCUGGGAGCUGGAAGCCUGGUAUGAGGACUUGCAGGAGGUGCUGUCCUCAGAUGAAAAUGGGGGUACCUAUGUCUCACCCCCUGGAAACGAGGAGGAAGAACCAAAAACCUUCACCACUCUUGACCCCGCCUCCCUGGCUUGGCUGACCGAGGAGCCAGGACGAGCAGCGGUCACGCGCACCUCCCAGAGCCCCAGCUCUCCGGAUUCCAGUCAGAGCUCCCCGGCUCAGGAGGAAGAAGAGGAAGACCAAGAAAGACCCAGGAAACGGAAACACAGUGGCCAGUCCCCGGCACGGGCUGGAAAGCAACGCAUGAAGGAGAAAGAACAAGAGAACGAAAGAAAAGUGGCACAGCUAGCUGAAGAGAACGAACGGCUCAAGCAGGAAAUCGAGCGCCUGACCAGGGAGGUGGAGGCGACUCGCCGAGCCCUGAUUGACCGGAUGGUUAAUGUGCACCAAGCAUGAACGGCUGGGACCAGCACUUCCCCCUCGGGCCACUUCCGACCCUUCCUGGAAGUAUCUACUGACCACCUUCUCACCAGUGCCAACGAUGGACCCCUCCCACCCCCAUCUAUUCAGUAGGGGGAAAACUUAGGGUAGAUGACAGGAGAGGGUCUCGGCAUGUAUAUAGAGAUUGUACAUUUAUUUAUUACUGUCCACGUCCAUUAAAGUGACUUUCUAGGA